AGGCUUAUAAGCCCCUUCUGCUCUUCCUCUCUUCUGAACCCCAUCCGUGGCCCUUUUUCUUUCCCUCUCUCUAUAUCUCUCUCUCUCUCUCUCUCUCUCUCUCUCUCUCUUGGCUGCUUUGCUCAGAGCUUUCUCUUCUCUGAGCUCCAACACCAUCCCAAUGGCUUUGCCAAACCAGCAGACUGUUGACUAUCCGAGCUUCAAGCUUGUCAUCGUCGGAGACGGUGGCACUGGAAAAACCACUUUUGUGAAGAGACAUCUCACUGGGGAGUUUGAGAAGAAAUAUGAACCAACCAUCGGUGUGGAGGUUCAUCCAUUGGAUUUCUAUACAAACUGUGGAAAAAUUAGAUUCUACUGUUGGGACACUGCUGGACAAGAGAAAUUCGGUGGUCUAAGAGACGGUUACUACAUCCAUGGGCAAUGUGCAAUUAUUAUGUUCGAUGUUACAGCUCGUUUGACGUACAAGAAUGUUCCCACAUGGCACCGAGAUCUCUGCAGGGUUUGUGAGAAUAUACCCAUUGUUCUCUGCGGAAACAAGGUUGAUGUGAAGAACAGGCAGGUUAAGGCCAAGCAGGUUACGUUCCACAGGAAGAAGAAUCUGCAGUACUAUGAGAUAUCUGCCAAGAGCAACUAUAAUUUUGAGAAGCCCUUCCUCUAUCUUGCAAGGAAGCUCGCUGGGGAUCCUAGUCUUCACUUCGUUGAGUCACCGGCCCUUGCUCCUCCUGAAGUACACAUCGACUUGGCUGCUCAACAACAGCAUGAAGCAGAGCUUGCAGCAGCUGCCAGUCAGCCUCUUCCCGAUGACGAUGAUGACACAUUUGAGUAAGAGAUGGCUUGCUAUUGCUGGAGAGGAUUUCAUUCGAGCUUCUAUUCUGUGAACUCUUCGGUUUAUGAAGUCUCAAACAUGUGGACAGUAAAUGGCAGGAUUUAUCUCUCAGAAUAGGAAUUUAUGUAUUGAGAAAACCAUGGACCGUUUUAGUUGAUUCUGCUCUAGCUAUUGUUUGAGCUACUUCUGGAUACUGAUUGUUCUCUUCCCUUUUUUCUUUCUUUUUUUUCUUUUGUGGGUUUUAAAUUUUUAAUUCCCAUUCGGGUGUUCUGACUUGAGCUUUUUUAUGCAUUAAAUUUUUUACAUAAA